AUGCCUCGUAUCAAUUUUAGGUCAUUGGAAUACACCGAUAUGGUUUUAAUUGAUGGAGAAUGCCACCAAAACGCGUCCCUGGCAUUACGAACAUACCGAGAGAGGUAUAAUACCACACGUGUAUGUCCUACAGACUCACGGAUUUUUAUACGGGCAGUCCAAAGAUUACGUGACGGCGAAAAUUUGAUUCCACGUCAGGUUGAAAUUCCUCCGCGAGUCGCCGUGGCUCAGGAAGAACAAAUAUUAAAUUAUUUCGCUCGUAAUCCAACAUCAAGUCUCCGUAGAGCAGCUCGCCAAUUCUGUGUACACCACAAGUCUGUUCACAGAAUAUUAAAAAAAAACAAGCAACGGCCGUUCAAAUACGUAAAGGUACAGGCUUUAUUAGAUAGAGAUAAGCCAGUUAGGGAAGCCUACUGUGAAUGGCUCCUGAGCAAAGUAGCUAAUGACUCUAACUUUUUAGCAAACGUAAUGUGGACUGACGAGAGCACAUUCAUGCGUAACGGAAUAUGGAAUCGGCAGAACUUACGAUACUGGAGUCAAGAAAAUCCGCAACUGUGUCGAGAGUCUAUGCACCAAUAUAGAUUUGCCGUUAAUGUUUGGGAUGGAAUACACGGAGAUCAAAUAAUUGUGUUUCUGCCAGAGCGACUGAACGGACAGCGAUACCUAAACUUUAUAAAUGAACAGUUGGUUGAUAUUUUAAACGACCUAUCGUUGGCUGAAUAUCGCCGCACAUGGUUCCAACAUGAUGGUGCCCCUCCACAUUUCGUGAGGUUCGUCCGUGAGCGCCUCAAUGAGCUAUUUGAUGAUCGCUGGAUCGGCAGACUAGGACCACACGCUUGGCCACCUCGCUCACCAGAUCUGACUCCGUUAGACUUCUUUUUGUGGGGUAUGUAUGAAAGGGUUUUUAAUCGUGAAUGUGAUAGUGCUGAAGAAAUGCGCCUAAGGAUCGUGGAUGCUUUCGAGAAACUACGUACGGACUGUGUCGAAGACCACACGAUGAUGCCCCGCCUGCACCCAAAUCUACCUUGA